UCUUCCUUCUUCCUUCUGCGGACAGGCCUUGGAGCCAAAGGAUGGGGACACGGGGGAAGGGGAGGAGGCGAUUUUAUUCGCCGGAGGCUGCCUUUCCCGUCCGAUGGGUGGUGGUGAUGCCAGUCCAGUGGUUGAAAGUUUUUUGCACCAUCAUGAUCCAUAUGAUGCCGACUACUCCUCCUCCGACAAUUGCAGUCUUGAUAAUAGCUCCAGGGCUGCCUUAUUCACUUUGACUGGUGGGGGGACCAUGAGUUCUAAUGAACUGAGUUCCCGUUCCAAUGAUGUCCCUGUGGGGGUGGGGGUUGAUCUUGAUUUGUUUGGGCAUUGCACGGCCAACACCAGCUGUCUUGAUAGAAGGAAUAUUGUAGAUGGCCGUGGCGCGGAAGGGGCAGGGUUGCAGGUGUGGGCUCAUUACUUGGGGCCGGUGUGGAGCGAGGUGCAAUCUUCAUCGACUUCUCACGGCAUGCCGCACGGCAUCGACUCAACGUCGCCAAAAGGGACGCCUUCAAGCGACAGAUCAUCGUCGACAUGCCCGCUGAUACGCCAUCGCCGACGCUUCAUCGCCAAAGGUAUUCGUCCACGUGGUCUCCAUCAACAAUCUUCAUCAACUAGCCACCGCAACUUCGUCCACACGGAUGGACAUCUCUCGCGUCCUCUGACAGCUCAACUGCAAGACGCAUCAGCAACGACGGCAUACCCACGUUAGCUUCAUCGACGACGGCAUCCUUGCGUCAGCGACACAUACGCUGGCUUGACCGCGUCCGACAUAGAGCAACUGCAUCGACACCGGCAUCACUAUAUUGUGAUAGCCCCUACGCGGUGCACACGGUUCUGCCAAAACCGUUGUGUGCAGUGGGCUACCUCCAAUCUUGGCAAAAUUGGUGGUCUCACCUACGACCGCGUCCUCUAACAUCCGCAAGACGCCCCCGACGGUACCAUGUGUCUUCCACAAGGUGCAAAACGUCCCUGAUUGCAGCUCCGUCAUACACAUCGCGCAAUUUUUUUUUGCGCCUCCGGCUGCAUGCGGCUACAUCCACUACGACGACUACUACUUCGACCACGCCUACCUCGACCACGGCUACAUCAUGAUCGGCUACCUCGACAUCGACUUCUAGGGCUCUACGUCUACAGCGACUCAUCGGCAACAACUCCAGUCAAAGGGUCCGCGUCGUCACUAGCGUCCACGACACUCCUGCUAUGACUGUGGGAGGGAAUAGAGGAGAGACAGGGGACGGCACCAGAAGGGGACGGCAGGCACCGCCCUAGGUGACGGAUCGGUCCAUCAGAGACGCAGUUGAUGAUGGCGAAGCGGAGAAGACGAUGGAAGCACAAGACUUCAAAUCCAGUCGCAAUCGUCCGCUUCGCUCCCGCUACGACUGAGGGGGAAUGUUAGAGAUAUGAUAUGGUUGGGAUUAGAGAUAAGAUAGAAUCGGUUUAAAGGAAUUACUUGUCUUGUACUCCAAGUCUAUCUCCCUCAUUGUACCUCUUGUACUCCAAGUCUAUCUUCCUCAUUGUACCUCUAUAUAUACCCCAUAUGAGGGUCAGAUCAACACAGUAUAUCGUGGAAUACCAAUUAGGCUUCCAAUCCCAUACUUC